UAUCACGUAUGCAUAUUGUCUCAUUCUGGAAGCAGGUCUCCUUGAAAAAUAUAUCCCUAGAUCGAUCCUUCUCGAUCCAUACGACCCCGUCCAACGACAAUCCCGAGCAGGUCUUCUCAUCAAUAAAAACAAAAACUCAAAAUCCUCUCCUUGAAUCCACUCGUCGCCCUAAUUCAGCUGGUGACUGGCUGAUAGAUUAUAGUGAUUUCAAUCAUUGGUGGACAAUAAGAGCGGAUCAAAUAUGGGUGUGAAGCAAGCAUUAAAGAGCCUGGAUGCAUUUCCUCGUGCUGAAGACCAUUUGUUGCAGAAAACACAGUCUGGGGCACUCGUCUCCAUCAUCGGUUUAGUCAUAAUGGCCACCUUGUUUUUGCAUGAGCUGAGAUAUUAUCUUACCACAUAUACGGUUCAUCAGAUGUCUGUAGACCUGAAACGUGGGGAAACUCUUCCAAUUCACAUAAAUGUGACGUUUCCUUCUUUACCUUGCGAUGUCUUAAGCGUGGAUGCAAUUGACAUGUCAGGCAAGCAUGAAGUGGAUCUUGAUACAAACAUAUGGAAGCUUCGACUGAACAACCAUGGGCACAUCAUUGGAACCGAAUACUUGUCUGAUCUUGUGGAAAAGGAACAUGAAGCUCACAAUCAUGAUGAUGAUAAAGAUCACGAUAAGGACUCCGACCAAAAAACGCAUUCUCAUGGAUUUGAUCAAGGUGCUGAAACUAUGAUCAAGAAGGUGAAGCAAGCAUUGGCAAAUGGAGAAGGAUGCCGGGUCUAUGGUGUUUUGGAUGUCCAGAGGGUUGCUGGAAACUUCCACAUUUCAGUCCAUGGGUUAAACAUUUUUGUUGCCCAAAUGAUCUUUGAUGGAUCCUCACAUGUCAAUGUUAGCCACAUAAUUCAUGAUUUGUCAUUUGGACCCAAAUAUCCUGGAAUUCAUAAUCCUCUUGAUGGGACAGAGCGUAUUCUUCAUGACGCAAGUGGAACAUUCAAAUAUUACAUAAAGAUUGUUCCCACUGAAUAUAGAUAUAUAUCUAAAGAAGUUUUGCCAACUAAUCAGUUCUCAGUCACAGAAUAUUUCUCCCCAAUUACUGAGUAUGAUAGAAUGUGGCCAGCUGUGUACUUCUUGUAUGAUCUUUCACCAAUCACUGUAACAAUUAGAGAAGAGCGUCGUAGUUUUCUCCAUUUCAUAACUCGCCUAUGUGCAGUUUUAGGUGGCACGUUUGCUCUUACAGGUUUGCUAGAUCGUUGGAUGUAUAGGCUAAUUGAAGCCGUAAGCAAACCAAAAUCUAGAAGUAGAUUCCAGUAGAAGGGGGAGUGACACAUGGCGUCUAUGCUUUCAGAAUUCUCAAUCAGGCACAUGUUGCAAAGUUCCCUAGUUCCAAGAUGGAAUUGGGUUUAGAAUGCAGGGAACCCGUACUGGUUGUCUAAUCAUCUUUCAUGUUUGCCAUCUCUGGGACUGAUUUUGUAAUGGCAUCAUCGUUUCUUCCUGUAAUACUAUUUAUAUCAUUUCAAUCGGGGAAAAUUCUCAAGAUUGUAAUAGGUCUUGUACAAUAGGAUUUUUAUGAGGCCCCAUAUUUUGAGUGGUUCCCUUUUAGGUAGACAUUGAGUUGGGUAAAUUGCACUGUGCCAUUUUGGGAUUAUAAGUUAUAUUUUCUGAUUCUGCUAGAAUUGAGAUGAGUGCUUUGAGUGC